UGAAAAAUGUUUUGUUAGAAUUAUGGCAGAUGGUGAGACAGAAACUCAAGAAACUAAGACUAACCAGAAUAUUGAAGAAACACAAACGUCUUCAACUUCAGAUCCAUAUAAAUGUGUUUGGAAUGGUGUCCCAAUGACUUGGAAUGAGACUAGUAAACAAUGGUUGCCUGAUGUCGAAGUAAAUGAAGACUUUCUUGCAUAUUAUAAUGCAAAUUAUGGUAUUCAAUAUGAUUAUGAUAGUAUGCCAAAACCAGAAGCACCUAAAGUUGUUUUAAAAGAGGAAUCAACAGAAGAUGGGGAACCGAAGAAAGAAGUAACUAAACUUACAAAGGAACAGAGACAGCUCAAAAAACGUGAGGCAAAAAGGCGCUGGGCUGAAGCAGAAGCUGCCCGACGACAACAAGGAUGGUUUGAAAUGGAUGAAGAAAAGAACACAACGGUCUAUACAAGUGGAUUUCCUCCAACUAUAGAUGAAGAAGAAUAUGUUAAAUUUAUGACAAAAUGUGGAGUUGUUCAAAAAGAUCCGAGGACGGGAAAACCAAAAAUCAAACUUUAUCGAAUAAAAGAAACUGGAGAACCGAAGGGAGAUGGAACUUGUUGUUAUGUGAAAAUGGAAUCGGUAAAAUGUAUAAUUUAUUUAAAGUUUUGA